AUGCUUAGGAACAUGUCGCUGAGAGUGCAAACAGCUGAGCAAGUUCUGCUAGAGCUGCGUCAAGCUCAUUUAGAGAUGAGGAAGCAGCAAGACGAGGUGUUGCGGGGGCGGGGGGGGGGGCAAGUGGGCAAGCUGAAGAGUGAAGGUCUCACAGGCAAACCAGAAGCCCUCUUGUUCAUCCACGGCCAAGCCAUUCUUCCCGACCACGAGUCCACGCAUCGGCGCUGCGCCGAGCCACUCGUGCCGUGGCGCAGCGCGGCGGAGGAGCCUUCCGUGCCGGAAAAGCCAGCGGAAGAAGCAGAGGCUGAGGACGGCACUGCCGAGGGCCAGGUCAGUGAAGAGCAACAGAAGCGUGAAGAGGAAGAGCAGCGAAAGCUCAUCGGCUACAACGAGGCCGCGAAGACCUUCAAGCGCUUCAGGCCUGACUUCAAAUGUGGAAGCCGCGUUCCGCUGCUCCCCGAUGAGGAAGUGGUGGAGUGCGAUCGGCUCAGCGUCACGCCCUGCUGCAGCGCGCCGGCUGCCUUGCAGACUCUCUACCCGGGGGCGGCAGGGUACAGCAUCGAGCUGGCAGCCUCAAAGCUGGGCCCCGGCUUCCCCGGCUUCCAGGCAUAUCACACAUCGGUCAAAGUUGAUGACUUGGAGUAUUCCUUCAGUGGGGACGGCAUAGUGAUUGGCCGUGGCUUGCCCAGCCAUGUCCGCAUGGCCGACAAGCCGCAGGUCCUCUACAUGGGCUUGACCAGGAUUUCUGGGGAGGACUUGAAGGAACAGUUGGGACGCUUCUUUAAGCGAGGUACUUAUGACCUCCUGAGGAAGAACUGCAACUCUUUCACUGAUUGCGCCUUGUUCUUCCUGCUGGACUCGCGACUGGACCCGGGCUAUCGAGGCCUCUUUGGUGUGAUGUGGUUUGCUGACUUACCGGCAUAG